CACCGGCCUCGGCAUCCUCGUCUCCCAACGACCACCAGCCCCCUCACAGUUCUCCAACUACCCUACCUUCUUUUCGUCAUGCUCUCCUUCAAGUCCUUCACCGCCCUCGCCGUCCUCGCCCUCGCUGGCUUCACGUCCGCCGCGCCGCUCGCGCCCCUCGCGGACGUCAACGCCCACUUGGACUCCAGUGUCAAGGUUGGCCGUGGUCUUCCCAACGUUGGGGGUCUCCUCUCGCCGGUCACCAAGAAGGUCGGCCGUGACCUCCUCGACGUCGACGCCGCCGCCGACGCCGACGUCAAGGUUGGCCACGCCGUCGAGGCCAAUGCCAAUGCCGAUGCGGAGAUCGAGGUCCUCGACCUUGACCGCCGUCACGAUGGCUCCCUCCUGAGCCUCGUUGACACCGCUAUCGUCGACAUCACGGUUUCUGCUCAUGCCCUCAUCUACCUCCAGCCCGCCAACGCCACGGUUGAGACGGUCACGACUCUCCUUACCGACAUCAAGGUCACCCUCUCCACCCUGCUCGUCGACGUUAAGGCGCUCGUCGGUCUCGAUGUCUCGGUUGUCCUCGGCGUCGUCACGGAUGUCAACGUCAUCGGCAAGGUCGUCGCUGAUCUCCUCAUCCUGGUCUUCACUGCCCUCGGUGGUGUCCUCAACAUCGUCGCCGUCGCCAAGGUCGAGGUCGUUGCCACUCUCCUCGCUGACAUCACUUGCAUCGUUGGCGAGCUGCUGAAGGUCGUCUUCGGCCUCGUCGACGGUCUCCUCGGUGUUGUCGGUGGCCUCCUCGCCGUCGUCCUCGGCCUCAUCGGCGCCAUCCUCCCCAUCAUCCUCCAGCUGAACGUCAGCGUCCUCAUCUCCGUCCUCGCUCUCUAAGCGGGUCGGUCGCAUCUGCAUUCAUCUUCGGACUGUAGCAUAUUCACUCCUACCUAGUCACCACUAGUACUACGCCCUAAUCCCAGGCUUCGAAUUUUUUCUCAUC